GUCUUCCAUGUCCAUCUGUUUCUAGUCUGUGAAAUCUGUAGUUUUCGCAACUCCGUGGCAAAACCUCCAGAAUUCUCAAUUUUCCAGGAAAAUCCCUUUAUUAAUCUUUCCCCAAAGUUUAAUCUUUGGUAAUAAAUUCAGAGAAAUUUAUAAAGAUCAAAAUAGGUAAAUAAAUCUUAAUACACCGCCUUGGUCCCAAGAACUCCCCAAAAUAGACCGCCUAAAGCUUGUAUGCUUUUCUUUGCAGGACUAGAGCCCCACUGCCUGUCUACCCAUUGUUCUUUUAGAUAAGAGUUUAGGAUUAUUUCAACUUUAGAUGGCAAGGAAUACUACUAACAAUGGAUCGACUCAUCAAAAAUCCAGUCUCUUGAAAGACCAAGUUCGAUUGGUUAAGCGAAAGGAUUGUGAUCGAUAUGAGAUUGCACCAAUACCAGAUAAUUUGUCAUUUGAGAAAGGGUUCUUUGUUGUAAUCCGUGCAUGCCAAUUGUUGGCUCAGAAAAACGACGGGAUUACAUUGGUAGGAUUUGCUGGGCCUUCAGGUGCUGGAAAGACCAUGUUUACUGAAAAAAUACUUAAUUUCAUGCCAACUGUUGCUGUUAUUUCAAUGGAUAAUUACAAUGAUGCAAGUCGUAUCAUUGAUGGCAACUUUGAUGACCCGCGCCUGACAGACUAUGAUACGCUGCUCCAAAACAUCCAAGAUCUGAAGGUGGGCAAACCCGUUGAAAUUCCAAUAUAUGAUUUCAAAUCUAGCUCCCGAGUAGGAUACAGGACGCUUGAAGUCCCCGACUCCCGUAUUGUACUUAUAGAGGGCAUCUAUGCAUUGAACGAGAAACUGCGGCCUUUUCUUGAUCUUCGAGUAUCUGUAACGGGGGGUGUUCAUUUUGAUCUAGUAAAACGAGUGUUGCGUGAUAUACAACGUGUUGAGCAAGAACCGGAAGAGAUAAUCCAGCAGAUAUCUGAAACGGUUUAUCCAAUGUAUAAGGCGUUUAUCGAGCCUGAUCUACAAACAGCACAUAUAAAAAUAAUCAAUAAAUUUAAUCCCUUCACUGGAUUUCAGAGUCCUACUUAUAUUCUAAAGUCUUCAAAGGAAGUGGAGGUGGAAACGAUCAAAUCGUUAUUGUCUGAGGAACAUACGGAGGGUAUGGAAGAGACUUAUGAUAUUUAUCUUUUGCCACCUGGCGAAGAUCCAGAGUCGUGCCAUUCGUAUCUGAGGAUGAGGAACAGAGAAGGAAGAUAUAAUCUCAUGUUUGAGGAAUGGGUCACAGAUUCUCCGUUUAUUAUAUCUCCGAGGAUCACUUUUGAAGUUAGUGUGCGGCUUCUCGGUGGGUUGAUGGCUUUGGGAUAUACAAUGGCGGCAAUCCUCAAACGGAGUAGCCAUGUGUUUCGUGACGAAAGGGUUUGUGUUAAAAUUGAUUGGCUCGAACAGCUGAAUCGGCAAUAUGUUCAGGUUCAAGGAAGAGAUCGUUUGGUCGUAAAAUCUAUUGCUGAUCAGUUAGGGUUGGAAGGCUCAUACAUCCCGCGAACAUAUAUCGAACAAAUUCAGCUAGAAAAGCUUGUGAACGAAGUUAUGGUAUGUUGUUGCUUCAACAACUUUGGUGCAUUUCCCCUGCAUCUUGCUUUUCACCUUAUAAUUUUGCAGGUAUUGCCAGAUGAUUUGAAAACAAAGCUUAGCUUAGAUGAAGAUUUUGUGUCGAGCCCUAAGGAUGUUGUACUUUCCCUUGCCUCAGCCGAAAGGUUGGCAUUGAGAAACAAAAAGUCCCGAAGCGGGAUGUCACAUUCCUAUUCAACACAUAGGGACACAAACCUAUCCAAAGUCGAUGAAUUUUCGACCACCGAUCAGAAGCUUGAUGACAGGGCUCUAGUCUCACAAUCAACAUUAGCAAACCAGGGAGCUAUUGCACAGCUAUCGGAACAGAUUUCUACUCUAAACGAUAGGAUGGACGACUUCACGUCUAGGCUGGAAGAACUGAAUUCCAAUUUAAGCAACCGACGAAGUUCCCCUCGCACCCCGAAUAUCGCUCAGCUAUCUGAAACCGGCAAUGGAUCUGCCCCGACUUCUCACUUCAUAUCUAGUUUAGAGAACGGUUCCUUGACUGGAUCUAUAAUGCCACACUCGUCUUCUUCUUCCCAUAUCGCAAGGGAUUCCACUUUGACUGAAGAGCUGUCGAACAUUGCGCGUAGCCAACGCCAAAUUAUGCUUCAACUCGACAACCUUAGCACUCUUCUCCGCGAGAGGGCGGGACCCAGAUCGCAACAUCAACCGAGGACGAGGCGACACAGGUUAAUAUCUGAGCUUGACCACCCUGUCAAAGUAUCUGCUAUCUCUGCUCUCUCGGUUGCAGGCCUUGGCCUGGGAAUCUUGUUUUUUCGGAGUUUUCGACACAGAAACUGAACAUUCUUUCCAGUGAUCUUUUUACCAAUCUGGUGCUAACAGAGAUCUUUACAGCCAUUUUCUUGGACACCAAAUAUUGAGUUCCUUGGGGAUCCUAUGAUUUAGUUGUUUUUGUCACACAUUUUACAAUCAAUUCUUUAUAGCACUAAUAUCAUGAUCCUAUCAAAAACACUUGUACUACUCCUUUUGCACUAGUAUAACAAUUGUUUCUAUUUUUGAUUUA